UGUCAUGCUGUGUGAAACAUAAAUAAAGCGUAUUAAUUUUAUUAAAUCAUGACUUAAUACUCAAUUAUAAAUUGUUAAAAUGAAAUAAUUCACGUAGAAAAUCAACUAGAAGUAACAUAUUUUGUUUUAAUUAAUGACAUUAUGGAUGGUUUAAUUCACGCGGCAUUGGAAGCAGAGGUAAUACUUAAUCGUGCCAAACAUGUGAAUUCAAAUAUAACACAUUUUGACAGUGGUGUCUCAGACCAUAAAAUGACUUGGACCCAUGAAAAAAUGCAUUUAGCAGAAACUGUUGAUGAUACCAGAAUGAAAUUUCAACGAAGUGGAACAAGUUCAACUACUAAAUCGAGCGAAAAGUUUGAUUUAUUUAAGAAGUUACAUGAACUUUACAAUGAUUUAAGUAGGGAUGAAUUAUCUCAAGCGAGCUAUCAAGGACUUAAAACAACUUCAUAUUUACUGGAAAAGCUCUUAGCUACAUAUAAUCUAAACACAUUAAUUAUCAACUUGUAUCCUGGAAAUAAAGGAUACUCCCUUUCUCUCAAAGUUAACGGAAAUACACAGCUAUUAACACCACCACCAGAUGGAAGUACAUCUGCAAAUCAAGAUGAAACCUUGAUAGAAACUCCUAGAUGGCCAUAUGAAGAGGAAGAACUUCUAAGUUACCUAGACAAUGAAGAGCUGCCAGUGGUGCUAUUAGAUCUACUAGAAUCUGAACAUUCAUGUUUGUUUUACUCUGGGUGCAUUAUUGCUCAAGUCAGAGAUUAUAGACAAGCAUAUCCUAGUUUUAUGUGCGAUACACAUCAUGUUCUUUUGAGGCCUACAAAUCAGAGCAUAAUAACGGACGCAAUGUGCAUUGGAAGUAGAUGUGGAUGGGUAGGUGAAGAGCGAAGUGCAAUUGAGGCAGUGGAGGCAGCUUUGGUUCACGCUUCGGCGCCACCACUCUGCCUAGAGCCAAGGCCGGCCGUUGGGUUACUAGCUGCUAAAUUACAUGCUGCACCACGAUUAUUCAAUACGCCAAGAGUAAGGCGGCAAGCGAGGCGGUUUUCUCAGGUUGCUGUAAAUAGGAAGAGGAAAUUGGACCAGUUCACACACUAUCAUGGCUUGGAACUUCUGGAACUCAUACAUAGACAAAGGGCAAAGAAUAGUAGACAAUCCGUUCCCCAUACAAGGCUCACUUCUAAAUUUCCUAAGAAACCACCAGAGGUGUUCAAACCAAUUGAGCCGCCGAAAAUGGAGCCAUUACCUCUCGCUCUGCCAUCAGAGCCGAGCGGGCCGCUUCGUGUUGCGAGAGCGUACGAACGGCCACGCCCAACACCUGAUUGCCAACCCCAAUUAGUUGAAGAAUAUAUAUUGGAAACUGAAAAGACGUCACCGCACGCUGGCGCUGGAUUUUUCCAUAUAAAACUCAGUAUACUGCAGAGGCCAUCAGACCAGGAGUUCCUUGGGGAGCUCUAUGUUGAUAGGGAUCAUGUGGAGGGGGAGAAGAAUGGUGCGGCGUGUCGGUUUACGCUAGGAUCUCGCCUCCAAGCAAACAAGUACAUACAACAGUUCACGGAGAUAUUUACCGAAGAAGGGCGUAAAUCUGUGAGAAUAAAACACAUUGUACCUGGACAGCUGCCUAGAGUUUCAUUCACGGGUGGCAUGAGGGAAAUUCAACAAGGACAGCAACAGUUGCUACUCCAGCAGAGGUCUGCGGCGGCGAGUAACGCCACGGUACAAACACAUGCCACUACGGUCCCUGUUGUGACAUCGGCAAUAUCAACGCCAGCCGUUCAUCCGAAUACCAGACAACUACCGAUAUUGCAGGCGCAACUUCAGCAAGUCGCUGCAGUUGGCAAUGUUGGAAACGUCGCCACUGUUGGCACGGUUGUCGGUACUGUUGGUAACGUUGGCAACGUUGGAGCAGUCGGCACUGUCGUUGGCACUGUUGGAAGUGUUGGUACCGUCGUUGGUACCGUGGGUAAUGUUGCCACUGUGGUUGGCAACGUGGGUAACGUGACGACUGUGCCGACGGUGGCAAGUGUACCGCCGGUGGCUGGGGUGGCAGUUGAAACGGCGCUCAAGCAACAGCCAUCUCCUACGCCGAGAUUGUCACCGCAAGUCCAUGACAUUCAUUCAACGCAGGCGUCAACUAACCAGUUGCUGGCUCAGCAAUUAACGAAUCCGCCUCAACCUCUCAACCCGCAGAAGAUGCAGUCCGCCAUUAUCCACAUACAGCAUCCUUUGAUGUCUACCACUGGAACAUCACAGGUGCAAACAAUACAGUACACAACUGCGACGACGGCUCAACAAAAAGCAACUGUCACAAAGCCGAGGUCAACGAAUCCAGCCAUCAAUGCUCUAGUCACGAGUCUUAUGAACUCCGCCCAGCAGUUCCAACAAGCUGCAAAUCAAAACGCUGCAAAAUCGGUGGCAAGCACAGCAAGUAGUAACGCGACGAUACUGAACCUACUGAACAGCGCUCCGGCGGCCAUGACACAUGUGACGUCAUCGGCCGAUAACUCCCUUGAGCACAAGCUGUUAACACGAACAGUGUCCAUUGCGGGUGGAAGACUGAUAGCCACUACUACGACUGCGCAUACGCUGCCGACGUACUCGCAUCAGGUGAGGGUAAUGAGCGGCUAUACACGUGAUAGUGAGUCGACGAACGUGUCGAGUAGCGAGAGCGCGUUAUUGGAGAGGCUGAUGGGGGAAGACUCGCAGACUCACACGCCUCAACAGCCCCAGCAGACUGCGCAACCCGUUUGUCAUUUGCAGGGCGUAAGUCUCGCGUCCCUCCAGACUUUACAAAGUCUGCCAGGUCUUGCAGGGCUCCAGGGCGUCCAGAACGUUCAAGUCCAGAUCCCAGGUCUGUCAGCACCCAUCUCCCUCUCGCUGAACGUGUCCGGUGCUUCCAGUGGGUUACUGGUUUCGGUCCCACCAACGACGUCAGUGGUACUGGCUAAUCAACCCUCGGUGCUAAGUUUGCCUAUAGCUCAGCUCAUGGCGUCAGGCGUAAAGGCGGGUGUAAGAGGGGGCACAGUUCAAGUGGUACGAGGGGCGCGCCCAGCCCGGCUUGCGCGACCCGUCACGAGGCCCACCUUACAGCCCGCAGGAACAACCCAAUUCAUCACCCAACCGCAGACGCAGACGCUGAACGUACACCAAGUGCGACGGAAAUCGAAUCCUGACAGCUCAUAGUAAAAACUUUUCAUACACCACACUGCCAUUAGCUAAUUGUAAAUAUGUAUAUAUAUCUUUAAGACAGUGAUGCGUGUUAUGUGCAAUAUAUAAUUGUGUUUAUAUAUAAGAAAUAUGGAUGAAUUUUUUUUUUAAAUAGUCCAGUCAAUUUGGUCAAGCAGUGUUUGCUGGUUCAGCGUGCAACUCUCAUCCUUGAGGUCGUAGGUUCGAUCCCCGGCUUGGACUUUCUAUGUGCGCAUUUAACAUUCGCUCAUGAAGGAAAAUAUUGCGAGGAAGCCGGCACAAAACGCUGAUCACCUACUUGCGUACUAGAUUGAGAAUCUGAGGCCCAGACCUAAAAAGGUUGUGCGCCAUUGAUUUUUUUUGGUCAAGCGCGUCCUUGAAAAUCGCUGUGCUAUAUAUUUUAAUUCCAUAUUUCUUUAUACGAAAUCGCCGCAAGAGACUGACAGAUAAAUUUUGGUAUAAUAUUUUAAGCUCCUUGACACUUAUGCUGUCAAAACAUUUGGUAGCACAGUUUGUAGUCCCAACUUUGAUUUCCUGUCAUUUAAUUUCGAUAUAAAAAUCAUUUUGUAUUUGCAACACAGUUAUGGACGUGCACUAUAGAUAGAACCGUGUUUUGUUACCAUGGUUACGAUGUAUUUAUAGAAGGCAACCAUGGUAAGAAACAGUCGACGUUUUAUAAAACACU